AUGACGUCUCCAGCUGAAGCAUUCCUUGGACGACCCGUGCGCACCACACUGGACCUGCUGAAGAAGCCUGUUCCUGCCACGCCGGUCGCCAUCAACCACAAGCAGAACGAGCAGUUCAACCGUCGGCAUGGAGCCGUCAAGCGCGAGUUCAAGGACGAUGACCUGGUCUACGCCGAGUACCACCAGCGCAACACCAAGUCCUGGAUUCCCGGCCGUGUCGUCGAACGGAAAGGUUCCGUCAACUACAUCGUGCAGCUGGACCUGGAAGGAAGACAGAGGAUCGUGAGUUCGCACGUCAACCAGUUACGCCCUCGCUACGAUGCUGAUGUUCCUGACCAAGUCCAACAACGUCUACCGUGGGAGAUCCUGAUCGAAGAAGCUCGACCGAUGCUGUUAGCCGACCAGGAAGAACCUGAAGCUCCCAUCGAGAUCGACAUCCCUGUUCCGGACAGUCCCGCACCACCGGCCCUGCCUGGAACCGAAGAUCCACUGGAAGGUGGAUCUGGCACAAACCACUUUGUGCUGCCUGAAGAUGCCGUACCCACCGACAAGCCCGUUACGCCGCCGAAGCCGCAGACGCCGAUACUUCCUGUUGGUCCACGACGUCCCGUUCGACCGUCCAGGAUUCCACGGUGGCUGAACAUGUACGACAUCUCUUAA